UCCCCCGGGGUUCCAUGGAACCUCAAAUUUAUCAGUCAAAUCUACGUGUGAACGGAUAUUAAAUUCCGGAUUCUGUACUUAAUUUUUUUGUAUCCCACCUCUUAAAGGGGAAAAAAAAAAGGUUACAAAAUUCACAAGCCAAAAACCUUAUUACAUAAGCCUCUCCCAGAAAACAUGUAUCUCCGUAUUCAUCACAAAGGUGGUGCUAGCUCCUGGUUCAGCGAAUGAUGCAGAAAGAUUCUAACACUAUUUCAGUGACGGCUGAACAAGUUUGAAUUAUCUGAUUCAUAUAUAACCCCCUGCCUUCAUUAUAACUUCAAAAAAAAGGUUCUCAUACAAUUUGACAAAAGAGAAAAAAUCCAAAAGAGGGGGCAAAAAAAACCCCGCUUGAUAUCUGUACCCAGCUUUUUCGUUCGAGUUACAUGUACAUAUUGAAGGUGGCGAACCAAAGAGGAGACCCGAGGGAGUACACCAGGUACCCCGCAACAGAUAACUAUGAUAACCAAGAAGAGAGAUCAUACACAGCACCACAAAUACGUUCUCAAUUGAAUCAACCAGUAGAGCAGCAUGUGGAGGUAACACAAUCACCGCAUAUGUUCAUGGGGUACAGCAGUUCAACAGGGAUGUCGAUGGUAUCAGAACUUACACAUGUUGUCUCAGGCCAACGAGGGAGUACUAGUGAUUGGGGAUCAUAUGCGGCUGGGGGUCUAGGAGGUGCAACAAUAACAUCAACUUUUGGUCAGGCAGCACCUGGUUCUAAUACGAGUACUCCUGCUUCUCCUCCUUUAUCUGCCUAUUCUUCUACUUCUGGUUCUGGUUUGUGGAUUGGCCAGAAGAGAGGGAGAGAAGAAGAGGCUGGUGCAGCAGCGCAAUUGAUGGAGUCUUUGCCAAGGGUUUAUAGAGGGUUUAAUGAUUUUAGAAGUUCACAAGGAGAUUCAUCAUCAUCCGGUGCAACUGCAGCAACCGAAGAAGUGCCUGCUUCAACUAUAGUAAUCCCCACCACAACCACACCCUCCACUACAGCAGCACCAUCAAGUGAAACAGCAUCCCUGGAAGAAACUGGAGAGCAAAGAAGAAGAUACAGAGGAGUUAGGCAGAGACCGUGGGGCAAAUGGGCAGCCGAGAUACGUGAUCCACACAAAGCAGCAAGAGUCUGGCUAGGCACAUUUGAUACUGCAGAGGCUGCAGCUAGAGCCUAUGACGAAGCUGCUUUAAGAUUCAGAGGAAAUAGAGCUAAACUUAACUUCCCUGAAAAUGUUAGGCUGCUGCCAGCUCAAACGCAAAAUGUUACUGCUUCUCAAGUUCCCAUAUCUCAUUCACAGCUAUCUUCUCAUCUUCAAUUACAGCCAAUCUCAUCUCCAAGGCAACAGGCACAGCGGCCGCAGGCGCCAGCACCUGCAUUGUUUCAGUCUCAAGCUGAUAUUAUAAGGGACUACUGGGAGUACUCCCAGUUGUUGCAGAGUUCAGGGGACUUUCAUCAACAACAACAGCAACAACAACAACAACAACAACAUCAACAACAACAACCUUCAAGUUUGUUACAGAAUAUGUUCUAUAAUCCCCAGGUGGCUUCUCUACAAUCAUCGGCUUUGACUUCAUUGUCUUCAUCUACUUCAGUUUCUUCACUUGCAGCAAUAUCUUCCGGCUCAUCACCAUCAACAUUUUCUCCCUCUGCUUCUUCCUUCCCUCUGCUUUUCGCUGGUCAACAGCUGGGUUAUUUUCGGCCACCACAAAAUCAGAAUCAAGCCAGUGGUUCUGAUUUUCCGGUGCCCCCAUGGACAGAUUCUAGUCACAAUCCUUCCUCUAGUGGUUAGAAUCGAUUUCACAAUUUAUUUUGUUCCCUUUUAAUGGGAAUCUAGAAAUAUUUUAUUUUGCUAUGAGUUUAUGUAUUAUUUUGUAUUUGCUCGUUAAUUUUUUUUUAGUAUAAUUGGUGCAAAGAAAGAAGCUGAUGAAAAAAGAGAAGAAAAGAGACGGUAUAGGAAUUUAGGCAUAGUUUGUUCUCAAAGAUUUGAUGUUUACAUUUGUCCAUUGCGAAUGAUGUGGAAAUUGAACAGAGCUGUCUGCUACAUGCUUUACAUCCAAA